AUGACUUCUACAUUGCCUACGGAUAGAAAUGAGGAACGCCGACGUAGAGUGUUGCUGGGGCCACUUCCUGCAGGCUUCCUAAGAGCAGAUGGCACAGUCGAAAAUGUUGAUGCAGACUAUCAGGCUGCUCUAGCUUUGCAACAACAACUUUGUGGUGCUACUGUGCCAGCUGCUGGUCCACCAUUGACUGCUAGACUUAGUAUUACAAUUGCUCAGGCAAAACUCUCCAAAAACUAUGGCCUCACCCGAAUGGACCCAUACGUCCGUCUGCGCGUCGGCCACUGCAUAUACGAGACCCACACGGACCCCAGCGGUGGUAGGACCCCGCGAUGGAACAAAGUCAUACAUUGUCUCCUGCCGCCCGGUGUGAACUCGAUAUACCUGGAGAUAUUCGACGAGUGCUCCUUCACAAUGGACGAGCUGAUCGCCUGGACCCACAUCAACAUACCUCAGGCUGUACUCAACGGCGAGACCCACGAGAACUGGUACCCGCUGAACGGCAAACAGGGCGAUGGGAAGGAGGGCAUGAUCAAUCUGGUGCUCAGCUACUCCGUGGGCCCGGCGGCGGUGGCGACCUUCCCGCCGGUGCUGGUGGUGCCGAGCACGGGCAUGGGCUACGCGGCGAUGCCCGUCUACCCCGCCCCGCACCCCGGCCCCCUCGCGGCCACCCACCCCCACCCCCCACACCCGCAGCAGCAGCCCCCCCAGCAGAUCUCCGCCGAGCAACUGCAACAGAUUGAGGAGAUGUUCCCGAGCAUCGACAAGGACGUGAUCAAGUCAGUGCUGGAGGCGAACAACGGAAACAAAGAUGCUACCAUCAACUCGUUGCUGCAGAUGUCGGAG